AUGUUACAUGAAAUAGUUUUGGAAAAAGAUUAUGGAAUUUUACGGGAAAAUAAUUUAAAAUGGUAUAUCAAUGGUGAACAAAUAUAUAAUAUUGAUAAUAUUUAUUCUAAUACAAAUCUGCAGAUGGAUGUUAAAUAGUCAUAACAGUUUUAAUCACUUUUUAUUUAUCUAACAGGCAAUUUUAAGGAGAAAAUUAGAAUUAAUCUUUACAGCCCAAAUCUAUAUUAUUAUGAUGAGUAUCUUCCAUUGGAUACUCUAAAAGAUAAGGAUGCACUUGCUAACUAUUUGAUUUUAAAAAUAUUUGGUCCAAAUCUUGUUGAAAAGGAUAUAUCGGUAUUGGAUAUUAGUUAUGGUGGUAGUGAGAUAUACAUUGAGUAUAAUUUUAAAUGCAACAAUUGA